AUGGCCCGUAGGUCUCGCUCUCGAUCCCGCUCUCCUAUAAAGAAGGAUCUUGAUCGCAACAGUUCGUCACCUUCUGGUACUUGUAACAACAAUGCUGUUGGAGCGGAAGCUAAAAUGAAAACGAAUCCAUACACAAGGCUGCCAUAUAGCAAAAAGUACUGGCAAAUCUGGGAAAAACGUCGACAGCUUCCGGUUUGGGAGUACAAAGAGAAGUUCAUGGAAAUCCUGCACAAUAACCAAUGCAUGACUUUAGUAGGAGAGACAGGCAUGACUUUAGUAGGAGAGACAGGUUCUGGGAAAACAACGCAGAUCCCACAAUGGUGUGUUGAAUACGUCAGACAAAGAGCCGUCCCUGGCCAAAGGCGACUUGUAGCUUGUACGCAACCAAGAAGGGUAGCAGCUAUGUCGGUAGCAGCUCGAGUAGCAGAUGAAAUGGACGUUCAGUUGGGACAGGAAGUCGGAUAUUCUAUUCGUUUCGAAGACUGCGUCAGUGCGCAAACUAUUCUGAAAUAUUGUACCGAUGGUAUGUUCCUUCAGACGUUUAAGUUAGUUCACCUACGAGUUGACUUAAACUUUUUAUAAUC